CCUGAUGUCCUCUCAUCUCACCGCCGGACGGUUCGACGCCCCCGAGUCCAGGUCCGAGGAGGUUCCCGUUGUUUCCCACCUGCUGCUGGUCUCGGUCUGACUCCGUCCUCGCCGCCGCUCCGCCCUUAGAACAGAACCGGCUCAUCGUUCAGAGCGACACCAGGAGGCAGCCAUGACGUCCCGGAGCCCGUUGGACUCGGUUCUGUUCCACGGCUCCACCAAAGGAUAACCGCCAGUGACCUCAGCGGAACCGGACGUCGACCCAGACCCAGAGCUCGGACCUCAGCCUCCGGGCCUCGACCCCUCGGCAUGAUGGGAGACAGCAGCUGGGUGUGUCUGAGCCCGGCAGAGUUCAGCCAGCUGCAGCAGUACAGCGAGUACUCCACCAAGAAGCUGAAGGAUGUUCUGGAGGAGUUCCACGGUGAAGGAGUUCUGUCCAAAUACAACCCGGAGCAGCCCAUCGACUACGAGGGCUUCCAGCUCUUCAUGGCCACCUACCUGGAGAACGACAUCCCAGAGGAGCUGUGUCAGCACCUCUUCACCUCCUUCAAGAGCAAGACGGGAGGCUGCUCUCCGGACCAGUCCCGGGCUGGGACCAGUUUACUGGGUAGGCUGCUGAUCUCCUUGUUAAAGCCGAGCCCGUCGCCCCACCGAGGGUCCCCCCUGCCGUCGCCCCAGGUGGUCUUCCUGAAGGACAUCGUGUGCUACCUGUCGCUGCUGGAGAGGGGCACACCUGAGGACAAGCUGGAGUUCAUGUUCCGGCUCUACGACACCGACGGCAACGGGGUUCUGGACAGCUCGGAACUCGACCGUAUCAUCAACCAGAUGGUCCAUGUCGCAGAGUACCUGGAGUGGGAUUCUACAGAACUACGACCGAUCCUGAAGGAGAUGAUGGAGGAGAUCGACUUCGACCGGGACGGAACGGUGACUCUGGAGGAGUGGAUCCGAGGAGGCCUCACCACCAUCCCUCUGCUGGUGCUGCUGGGGAUGGACACGAACGUCCAGGAGGACGGGCAGCACGUCUGGCGUCUGAAGCACUUCAACAAACCGGCCUUCUGCAACUACUGCCACACCAUGCUGCUGGGAGUCCGCAAGCAGGGCCUCUGCUGCUCGGUCUGUAAGUACACCGUCCACGAGCGCUGCGUGUCCAAAGACAUCGCCGCCUGCAUCAGCACCUACGCCAAGUCACGCCGACACACCAACGCCAUGCAGCACGUCUGGAUCGAGGGAAACUCUCCCACCAAAUGCGACCGCUGCCACCGGAGCAUCAAGUACUACCAGGGCCUGACGGGGCUGCACUGCGUCUGGUGUCAGAUCACGCUCCACAAUAAGUGUGCGUCUCACGUGAAGGCCGAGUGCGACGGAGGAGCUCUGAGGGACCACACGCUGCUGCCCUCCUACAUCUGCCCCGUGGUGCUGAUGUUCGUUUUGGUUCUGAGGAAGUUCCGGUACCUCCUGAACCCCAGACAGGUGUACAGUUUGGAUCAAGGAGGACCGAUGGUGGGGUUGAACUUCUUCCACGACGUCCCGGACUUCCGGGUUCUGGCCUGUGGAGGCGACGGGACGGUGGGCUGGAUCCUCGACUGCAUCGACAAGGCCAACUUCUCCCGACACCCUCCGGUGGCGAUCCUUCCUCUGGGGACCGGGAACGAUCUGGCUCGCUGCCUUCGCUGGGGAGGAGGCUACGAGGGCGGCAGCCUGUUGAAGUUCCUGAGGGACAUCGAGCACAGUACCGAGGUGGUGUUGGACCGCUGGAACAUCGACAUCGUCCCCGACGACAAGGAAGAGAAAGGAGACCCGGUUCCCUACAGCAUCGUCAACAACUACUUCUCUAUCGGAGUGGACGCCUCCAUCGCCCACCGCUUCCACCUGAUGAGGGAGAAACACCCCGAGAAGUUCAACAGCAGGAUGAAGAACAAGCUGUGGUACUUUGAGUUUGGAACCACCGAGACCAUCUCGGCCACCUGCAAGAAGCUCAACGAGUGCAUCGAGGUGGAGUGCGACGGCAUCAUUCUGGACCUCAGCAACACGUCCCUGGAGGGCAUCGCGGUGCUCAACAUUCCCAGCAUGCACGGCGGCUCCAACCUGUGGGGCGAGACCAAGAAGAGGAGGAACUACAACCGCAUGAGCAAGAAGGUCCCCGACAGGCUGCCGGCCAGCACCGUGACCGACGCCAAGGAGCUCAAGUUCUGCGUCCAAGACUUCAGCGACCAGCUGUUGGAGGUGGUCGGCCUGGAAGGAGCCAUCGAGAUGGGUCAGAUCUACACGGGGCUGAAGAGAGCCGGGCAGAGGCUGGCUCAGUGCUCCAACGUCACCAUCAGGACGUCCCGGCGGCUGCCCAUGCAGAUCGAUGGCGAGCCCUGGAUGCAGCCUCCCUGCACGGUCCGGAUCACGCACAAGAACCAGGUUCCUAUUCUGCUGGGCCCGCCGCAGAAGACGCCGUUCUUCUUCUUCAAGAAACGCAACCGAAGCCGCGACUAGGACGCACAAGUUUCACAUCCAAACACAGAAACACACACAAACACCGCACACACAUGCACACACACUGUACAGGCAGCUCCAUCGGACCACCGGUCUCAGAGGAGGCCUCUGAGCAGACAGUACCGACCCGAUCCUGUGUCAUCCUCUCGUGUGGAUUUAGUCUCUUCCCCACAAACUCAGCCAUACACCAGUACCGCACUGCCUGCUGAACACAGGGAUUCCCCAACAGAAACACUACAGCGAGCAGAAGGAGAGGAAGCGGCUGUUGACAAGGCCGGCGAGUAAACACAGAGAUCCAGCUCUUCGUUAAAACACCUGCAUGAAUAAUGAAACAGCGGUUGGCUGUAAGAGCGUCGCCUCGGGGCGUCCCGGCCCAACGCCAUGGAAAAGCCUCAUCCAUUAUUGACUUCCUCUUUGUGGGCUGAUGGCACCGAGGCCUGGACGGGUGCAAACAUGCAGGGAUUUGAGGCCCGUGGCAGCGCUGGCCUACAAAGCCAGAGACAGACUCCAGGCGGAGGAGGUGCCACAUUAAUCAGCAUAAAAACGGACUGGAUGUGGCUCGUCCUCGCCUCUGAAGAGGCUCGUCGGUCGCUCCAACACUAACGUCCAAUCAACAGCAGCUCCCGGGUUCCUCUACUGGGUCAAGGAUUGGAAUAAAUCCCCUCAAGGGUAAAACAGCAGGGCCCCCGGAGUUUUUAUUUACCGCCACAUUGACAGGGGAGCUAAAUUUAUCCCUCUAUUUCAGGGAGGGUCUAUCUCCCCUCCGCUGAAACCCUACUCUUAAUCACCGUGUCAAACAUCGACUCGCAAUGUCAAGUGUGCUGUCGGAGCCCAGAGCGAGCCGUCCGGCACUAACGCAGCCACGAUGCGUUCAAAUGCACCGAACGACACGGGACGUAACGGACGCAACGGUUGAUGGAGCUCAGUGUUUGUAAGGAAUGUAUUCAUGUCCCCACAUAUGGCAAAGUAUCAUAUCCAGUAACAUGUGCAGGCAGACUAUAUGUAUAUUUCUGGAAAGUAGGUGUAGCUCACGUAUCCUGUACACACACGUGUUUAUAUCAUUGUUGAUAAUGUGGAUUUCUAGCUUAGAGGGGCUCACAUCAGUAUUGGUCGUCAUGCAGAGCCGCUGCAGUCGCUCUCCGAAGGCAGUUUUCUACCUCGUCUGCUUCUCGAUGUGUUUUCAUUUAUCACUGAUCUGUUCACAGUCCACCUGUGAAGGACCAAGAGACACACACAUCUGGACAAUCUGUGACAGAAUGAUCUCGAGGUUCACGUUAACUUUAAGCUCUUUUCCAACGCAGGAACUUGUGGUUUGUUUUAAACGUCCCUGUAGAACCUGGACUCGGUGCUGACUACUGAAACUUAAGCACCACCUUGAGCAUCUUCUCUCUAAUCCAAAAGUGGCCGUCCACCAUGACACUCCUCUGUGGUUCUAUUUCCUUUGCGCUCAUAGAAUUGGACUCCCGUGCUGUAGCUACUAUUUGUUGUUAUUCUGAUGCACGUCUUUCGGUCCACGUUGUGGUUAAAGAAGUCGAUUUGCCCAUCAGGGGAUUUUCCUUAAAACAUGGGCCUCAAGUUCCCUAAACUUCUAUGAGCGAACAGACUUUAUGACGCCAGAGAAGUUUGUCAGUUUCUAUGAAAAUCGACACAACAGCAGCUUAAGCUAGCUGGUGAGCCGGCCGGGUCCACAGAGGGCCGGGCCGGGUCGGUCUGAACGUUAUGACGCUAAACAGCAUAAAACGAUGAUUAUUCUGGUCUCUGCCUCUAACUGUGGCUGGACACAUGUAUUCACUAGCAUUCGUUAACUGUCCAGAUAUCACUGCAUGGACGUUAAAAAGUUUGUUGAGGCUGCAGCAGAUCACAGAGACGACAGCACAAACAGUACAGUCAUUAUAAAGAUUCCAGACAAUGUUAGCCGAGCCGUCUCAGAUUAACACCUUCUACAGACGGAGUAUAGAAGAUGGACGAAGCCGAGUCUCAGAUUUGGUAUUUGACGGAACUAUCUUAGGUUCAACAAGUGAGCUUGAACUGAGAACUUUGAUUAAACGCUGAAAUUCUUUUAACGACCACGAUUUAAGAAAUUAGCAUCACGUUGUGUUGAAGGAGACCAAAAACUCACAUUAAACUCAUUAGGAAAUGUUUACUGAACUAAUAAAUUAUGAAAGCCACUUUCUCAUAGACUGUCUCAGACUUCCUGUUGCGACCAGAGGAGUCGCCCCCUGCUGGCUGUUAGAAAUAUGUCGGUUUAAAGCUUCACUUUUCAAUACGGGAGGCUUCGUCCAUCUUCUAUGACCAGUUUCAGAAGACCUUAGACAAGAAGAACCUGUACAGGUGUGUCUAAGUAACUAUCAGUAUCAUAUGUAGUAUGAUCCUGUAGUAUCAUAUCAUAUGUAGCUUUAGCUACAGCUAGCUUUAGCUUCAGCUAGCUUACCCAUUUACAUGCAUCUCAAAAAAUCUGCUUUACGGCGUCAACAUGUUCAUUUUAAUGAAAAUGAAUCACAAUGGAUAAAAAACUCCACACUUUAAAAUAGUGAUGCUAAUGGCUAAGUAGCUUAGCUUAGCAGAGUAGCGCUAGUAAAAUUUUAUGUAAUCUCAUGUUUAAGUUGCUACGAGACCACGGUCCCCCUUUAGUUUUAGGUCUGGAUUUUUUAGCAGCAGCUGAUUUUCUGAUCCGAGAAUUUUCACUGAAAGUUCUGAAACAAAAGCAGCACAAGAAGUUAACUUGUGGACCUUUGGUGAGAUCAUUCUGUCAAACACACCAAUUAUUACAUGAUUGAAAACCUCAUGUGAAAGCCAUCUGACGCACCAGGAUCUCCUGUCUGAUUGGUGGAAAACUGCCUGAAGGAGCUGCAGACGUUCUCAUGGUUCUAACUGAGCUCCGCUGUCGGGUCGACGCCUUCGGACCCUGGUUCCCUUUAAAUCACACUGAGCGGCUCCUGUGGCACCCAGGCUCCAGGACACAUCGUCAGUCUGGAGGAACCGGACCGGUCCAGAGCGAUGAGGUCCGGCAGCAUCCGGAGCCUGGCUGCCGCCGAGGCCUCAGUGGUCAGAGUGCAUGUUUACAGUCACAUUUAUCCAGAGGAUGGUUCCAGACAGCCGUACCACCCGGUGUACAUAUCUGUUUAUAAUCCUUCAUCUGGCGUCAACCUUCGUCACCGCAUGCCUGCUGAAACAAACGGAGCGAACAAAGAGGCCACUCAUCAAACUCCACUCAUCUGAUUCAUAUAUUUAUUAUUUGUUGUGCUUUUCAGUUUUUUGUUUUGUUUUUUUUUUAUUUUUGGCAGCAUGUUUGAGAAAACGGCAGCAGAGACGAAGCGCAGUCACGUUAAAACAGCAGCUCGAGUUUAAACAUUAACGUGAUUAAUGGAUCAUGCGAGUCGCAGCUCGUAUCUGAUCGUCCUCUGAACCAGUCGAUGGAUCCAGCGACUAGACGGAGCCGCAGGAUGGUGACGAUGAAUGUUUACGGCCCUAAAGAAAUGAUUAAACCUCCCAAAUAUCAGCAGCUGAUUCACACACAGAACGCCUCCGAAUCUGCAUCAUGAGAACCUGGUGACUGGAGAUAAGGAGAUGAUGUGAUCGCCGUCCGUCUUUAUCUGCAGGUCGAGUUUCCUCAAGUUGUCCUUGGAGAUAAACAACAAAUCUCAUUAAAAAACAUCCAAACGA